AUGACAGUGAUUAUUCUUGCUCUGCUCCUUUGGAGCACUGUGGCCAUUGCGCAAUCUUACUUCCCUCCUCAACCUAAAGAACUCAAGACGCUUUCAUCUUCGCAUGUUCGCGGUGCGUCUCUAUCGUAUAAAAGAACACCUAUCUGUUCAACCCCUGACCUACACACCUACAGCGGUUAUGUCCGGCUUCCUCCCCAACCAGAUGAUGCACAACCUCACCUAAGCAAUCUUUUCUUCUACUAUGCCAAAUCCAAGGAAAAUAGAACGACCCCGUUGACAAUAUUUCUUGGCGGUGGCCCUGGCGCAAGCUCUGUGUCCUCCAUGAUGGCUGAAACAGGGCCUUGUUCCGUAAACCCGGAUUCAAAUAGCACAUUCCCAAAUCCCUGGUCUUGGACGCGCGAGUCCGACAUCCUAUUCAUUGAUCAGCCAGUUCAAACUGGGUUCUCGUACGAUGUGCUCACAAAUGCGACUAUUGACUACACAACGAGCACAAUCACCCCAGUGGAGUUUGGCAAAGGAGACUUCGUUGUGAAUCAAACAUUUGGCGUUGGUGUAUUCGGAUCCCAAGACUACAAUGGAACAGUAAACUCUACAACGAAUGGGGCCAGAGCGCUGUGGGGUUUUAUGCAGGUUUGGCUGAAUGAAUUCCCAGAAUACAACUCCCCAGAAAAAUCAAUCCACAUCUGGACCGAAUCCUUCGGCGGCCGCUAUGGCCCCUCCUACGCAUCCUACAUCCUCGACCAAAACGCAAAGAUCCGCACCAACAAAACCACCCACAUCACCUCCCCAUCCCAAAUCAACAUCAAAACCCUAACUAUUCACAACGGCUGCACCGACAUCAUCACCCAGGGUACCUUCUACCCUGAGUUCGCCUACAAAAAUACUUACGGCGUCCAAGCAAUCACGAAGGAGCAAUACGAGGACGCGAAAUGGAACCUGACAAAGCCAGGCGGGUGCAUGGAUAUGGCUAGACAAUGUCAGAACUUGGAGCGGAAACUGGACCCAGAUAACUUUGGGAACAAUGCCGAGGUUAAUGCUCUGUGCUUUGCCGCGGAUGAAUACUGCUAUGCGAAUGUUUUGGCUGUUUAUGCGGCUUCUGGACGCGAUAUUCAUGAUUUGGCUGAGGCGACCACUACGACUAUGCCAGAGGCGUAUUCGGACGGGUUUUUGAAUCGAAGGUUGGUGAAGGAGGCUCUGGGUGUUCCCGUGGACUUUACAACUAAUUCGAAUGUGGUUUAUAAUGCGUUUUGGAGUACUGGAAACGCGCUCAUCACUAGGGGCCAUGCGAUGGAUCAUUUCGCGUCGAUUAUGGAACGAGAUGUGAAAGUAAAUCUGAUAUAUGGGGAUCGGGACUACCUUUGCAAUUGGAUGGGAGGCGAAAACAUCAGUUUAUCCAUCAACCACAGCCAGUCAUUAGGAUUCCGCUCAAGCGGAUAUGCGAAUCUCAUCACAAAUGAUACAUACGUUGGAGGUGUCGUUCGUCAACAUGGGAAUCUUUCCUUCAUGAGGGUGUUCCAGGCAGGCCAUGCCGCUCCCGCCUUCCAACCGGAGACCAUGUUUCGUGUCUUCUCCCGGAUCAUGAACUCAAAGGAUAUUGCAACGGGGAAUGUGUCUCUAUCCGGAGAGCAUGCGGGGAAAUACCGCACCAAAGGGCCGCACUCGAGCUUCCAUAUCAAGGAUAAGCUUCCUGCACCACCGGCUCCAAUUUGUUAUACUCUGGACAUGCCGACUACCUGCACAGAAGAACAGAAGGCUGCUCUGGUUAAUGGAACAGCUAUUGUGGAGGAUUUCGUGGUGCGGUGGCCGUCAUCUUAG